AUCCAUGUUCAAAAACGCACUCUCCACAUACGGAGAAUCACAUGAAAAGCGUGACACAUUCACCGACCAUGGCGAUUCCACCUUAUGCAAGAAGAUCACAUGUUAUAAAAUGGAUUGAGGGAUAUUGUAGUCUCUCUGCAGCGUCGAUCCAGCGAGUGACUCGAUCUGUAUGAAGACAACUUGGUUUGACCGAUUUUCUUCUUUGGUUAGCCUCCGCUGACGGCAUAGUUCUGUCGCGUCUCCUUGUUGGCAUCGAUCGAAGAUGGUUGUCUCUCGUCUUGAUGCCAGUCUCAUGCCGGGCAAUGAAUAUAUGGUCGAUGAUGGUGUUGUUUGUCUGUUUUUUUUUUCUCUAGACUGAUUGUCCAAAAUAAUUUUUUAGGCUUGGGUUGGCUCUUUGUUUUCUUUAGUGGGCCUCGCCCUUUUAGGCCUGAUGCCAUUAAGGCAUUAACAAAAGUCAGAUGAGAAAUAGAAGAUAACCCACCAUAAUAGAAGGACAAGUAAUAGCAAACAAUGAACAACCAAAAAAAAAAGUUGUUUUUGUUUUGGCAACUGCGUAAUUCUAAGAAAGAAAAUAAAAGUGAAACACACAAAUUUAAAAGUCUCCGUUUAAAGAAAAAAAAAGAAAACACAAAGCUUCGGUCUCGGGUGACAGUUCACACAGUUAAUGCCGAGUCUCACUUCUUUGCGCCGUUGCUCCUAAUGGUCUUCUCUGGAUAACCUCUACUGAGGCAUCAUCCAAUGUUGAAGGGAGAGGCAGAGCCUAAGCAGAAGAAAGGUUGGUCAGAGUCGCUGCUAGAGUUUCGGGAAAAGAUGAAAACUGAGCCAAAGAAACGUUGGAGAUCUCUUGCACCGCUUCAUCUGAAAAGCAAAUCAGUUGCGCGGUUCUGCUUCUUUUCGAAACUAAAGUCGAACAACUAUGGUCCAGGCCGUGCACCAGUCUAUCUCAAUGUUUAUGACUUGACUCCUAUUAACGGAUAUAUCUAUUGGGCAGGCCUCGGUAUAUUUCACUCUGGUGUAGAAGUUCAUGGAGUAGAAUAUGCUUUUGGGGCACAUGAUUAUGCAAACAGUGGUGUUUUUGAGGUCGAACCAAGGCAAUGCCCAGGCUUCAAAUUUAAGAAGUCGAUAUUCAUUGGAACCACAAACCUGAAUCCGGCACAAGUUAGAGAGUUCAUGGAGAACAUGGCUUGCAGUUACUAUGGGAAUAUGUAUCACUUGAUCGUUAAGAACUGCAACCACUUCUGCCAGGACGCUUGCUACAAACUUACAGGCAAAAAGAUCCCAAAAUGGGUGAACCGGCUUGCGGAAAUAGGUUCUGUGUGUAGUUGCAUACUUCCUGAGUCGCUCAAGAUCACAGCGGUUUGCCAUGAUCCAGACGAGCAAAUCCCGGAAGAAGAAAAUGAAAAGAGAAGUCUUACAAGCUCUUUCAGUUGCUUGUCUUCCAUCUCCAUGAGACAAAAACAGCUUUCGACGUCAUCCUUAUUCCUACAGUCACCUCUCAGAGGCUGCUUACCUCCAUUUCAACUCAAACGAUCAAAAUCUAACAGCAGUUCCUUAAAAGAAAGGUAGAAGGACCACAUUUGUCUUUUGUAAGAGUGUUUGGAAAACAUGCUUAACUAUUCUUCAAUCUGUUUGUAUUGAAUCCAAAGCUUGGAACCAUUUCAUCUUUCCAUGUAUUGCCUCAACUCUGUUUAUAUAUCUAAAACUAGCUGUCUUAGUUGUUUGAGAGAGACAUUGUAUCAAAACAUCAGUGUUGUAAUAAGCAGACAAGAAAAAAAAAACCUUUAUUCAAGAACAAGA